AUGAAUACGUUUCUCGUGAGUUUCCUCAUUUUGGCGCUGACGCACCAGCGCGCUCUCCUCAUCCGUCACGCCGGUGAUAGAUGGUGCUUCUCGCAUCCUUGGAGAGAAGCCCUGAGCCGCAGAACAAGACCAAUCAAGAACUUCGUGCUGGUUCCUUUCCAUGAUCCAGACAUUGGUCCUGUUUCCAUCACUACUGAUCCCAAGAAGUUCCAGAAGGAUCUCCAAGAGCUGUUUGUUCAGGGUGGAGGGGAUUGUCCAGAGAUGAGCAUUGGGGCCAUCAAGAAGGCUCUGGAGGUCUCUCUACCGGGAUCCUUCAUCUACGUUUUCACAGAUGCCCGAGCCAAAGACUAUCGCUUGAAACGAGAUGUUCUUCAGCUUGUACAGCUCCGACAGUCUCAGGUUGUGUUUGUGUUGACGGGGGACUGUGGGGAUCGGUCUCAGCCGGGAUACAGAGCUUAUGAGGAGAUUGCUGCCACAAGUUCUGGUCAAAUUUUUCACCUGGACAAACAGCAAGUCAAUGAGGUGAGAUGCAUGAACUCAUAUGACUUUCAAAUGUAUGUAAAUUGCAGAUACGCACAAAAAUUAACCUGGAUGCA